AGCCCCCGUUUUAACUCCUACCCCCAUCAGGCUGGCGCUGUUCCGUCCAGAACAUCCUUUCCCGACGAGCAGCCGCCCCCAGGUCUAGGGUUCCCCUUUCUUCUUCUCCACGCGAAUCAGCUAGAUACUAGCAGCAGCGUCGAUGGCGGCGGCAGCGCCGGCGGACGCCAAGGCAGAGGCCGCCAAGAUGGACCUCCUCGAGGACGACGACGAGUUUGAAGAGUUCGAGAUCAACCAAGAAUGGGAUGACAAGGAAGAUGGUAAUGAAGCUGUCCAGCAAUGGGAGGAUGACUGGGAUGACGAUGACGUGAACGAUGAUUUCUCACUGCAGCUGAGGAAAGAGCUUGAGGGAGGCAACACCCAGAAGAGUUGAACUACUUCCCCAUCCAUAUCAAAGCUGUAGUACACUUUUAUCUUCGAUCAGGCACUGUGUGGCCAUUGCUCUCUGAACCUGCGAUACUUUCCUAGCAAUAUCAAGCCCUGAUACUUAUCCUCGUUUCAGCACUGUGUAUCAGACUUCGGGCCAGUUCUUUUGAGCAGAUUAUGAAGAAUCUCGGUCUGGAAAA